AUGGAAUCUUUCAAAGCUAAUGCCAAUGCAACAUCUUAUGCUCUACAUUUGGAUCUAGAUAGCCUUGUUAAUAUGGGAAUCAAAAUAGUGGCUGAAGGCAAACUGCUGAUGGUUCGUGGUGGCUGGCAUGGUGGUUUGGCUAUAGGGGUUUCAAUGGUACGUCGUAGUUUGAACUGGGUUCGUAGCUUCAGUGAGGGGAGGUGCCCCGUAAUGAAGAUGGUUGCGCCGCGAGGAUCUAGGGUUGUGCAGUGGGGUGAGAUGAAGGUGGGCUAUAAGGAGGAGGCGCUACGACGAGGAUUCGAAGAGGGUAGUUCGCCUAGGCUCACGAUGGCUCCUGAUUUUGGCGUGGUGGGCGAAAAUAAGCGGUUAGGGUUCUAG